CGCUGAUGUAAUUUUUUUUUUCUUCCUACAAGAGUUUGUUGGUUGGUCCAGUCGGAGCCGUUUAACAUCUGACCUCGCGUGAUGAUUAGAUUAGUUAUUAUUAGUUAUCGCACGAUUAGAUCGUUUAGUUUGUAAGAAUCGACUGUUAUUAUGGCUUCCUUGGUCGCGGAUUACGGGACCUCCUCCGGCUCGGACAGCGAGACGAACGGUGACGUUUCGGAUGAUGCCUUUAAGGGUGUUGACAAGGUGGAGUCGGAAGAGGAUGAAGAAGAGGAAGAGGAUGAUAAUGAUGAGAACAGCAACUCGCAUAAUGAUGAGAACGGACACGUGAGAAUAAACGAAACAACAGCUUCCAGAGAAAAGCUUCCAUUACCCACGCCGGAUUUCAAUAACGCGUCCACGUUGUUGAAGACUUCGGUAUUCUCGAAUCCGUUCGUCGAAGCGGAACGAGCGAAGAGCGCGAUCCUGGAGAAGCAUGUCAAGAUGACGCCCACGUUAGACGACACCAAGAUGAUAAACGGCCGUAAGAUCUGUUGGAAUUAUCGGAAAGGCCGUUGUCGAUUCGGUCAUAACUGCACCUUCGCCCACGACUCGGAUCUUCAUCGCAGCGCGGCUGAAUUGGAGGCUCUGCGGACUCCGCAGGAGACACUGGUCUGCCAGACUCGAUACAACGGACAGCAACAGCAGACAUCACCGACCGCAAACGACGAGGAAAACGAGGUGGAUCAGGAGAACAAUCAGACUGCGAACAGAAAACGCAAAAAGAGGCCCGGCUUGAGCCAAUUGUUGCUUCCAAGUAAGAAAGUUUUUAAGCUGUACAAAGCGCAACAACAACAACAAACCAAAACUAGAUGAAUAACGCUUGUUCAUUUAAUGUAGUGAUAAAAAUCGAAACUGUCUUCUGGCUAACUCGUUACAGGUUGUUCUAUAUGAGAACACGAAUUGAAAAUGGAAAUUUGAAAGAUAAAAAUGUGAAAAAAAUUGCGAAUAAUUUUUAAUUCGCUCUCGUAUUACGCAUAUUUGAUCGAGAAUCGAAUUUCCAUCUUUUAUCAGCAUAAUAGAGGCCAUUAGUGUCUGGCGAUGAAACUAACAAAAUCUCGCGCAAGAUUUAGAUUAGCAUUAAUUAAACGAGCGAAAGCGAUAUAGAUGUAAAAAAUUCCGAUUUAUGCUUCCAAUGCGAACCUAGCCUGCGAUGUGUAGGAUACAAAUUUUAUUCGAGAAACUUUUGUUAUCUCACAUAAAACUGC